AUGAGUGGCCGUCAGCCGUAUCGUCAACUUGAGCUACACGAAAAGUACGGCCCCGUCGUUCGCGUGGCACCAAACGAAUUAAGCUUCAGUUCGGCAUCGUCAUGGCAGGAUAUCUAUGGUGUACGCAAGGGUGUUGAUCCUUUCAUCAAAAGUGAAUUCUAUGAUGGUGGCAACUUCGCCGCCGAGGCCUUGUCUAUCGUUAGCGAGCGUGAUCCCAAGAAGCACGCAGAGAUGCGUAGAUAUCUUGGUACCGCAUUUUCCGACAGGUCUCUCAAGUCACAAGAACCGAUGGUCGCCGAAUGUGUCGACCGCCUUAUUGAGAAGAUUGGGAUGGUAGAUGUGGGGAGUCAAGGAACCGACAUGGUCAUGUGGUUCAACCUCGCCACCUUCGAUAUCAUCGGAAGCCUGGCUUUUGGCAAGGACUUUGGCGGCGUUGACUCGGGCAAGGAGCACUUCUGGGUUUCGAUCGUCACCAAAAGCUUGCGUAUGGGGGCUCUCGCCGACUGCUUUCGCAGAUUUCCAGCCCUCGCCGGCAUUGCCCAGACAGUGUUUUCUGGUCUCAUUGACAAGCUUCUCAAAGACAGUCGCACGCAUCAAAAGUACACCAUGGAUUUGGUUCAAAGUCGCUUGGCCUCAUACUCGGAUCGAGAAGAUUUCCUCACAAAAAUGAUUGAAGCCCGUAAUGAGGCGGCAAUAUCGGACGCCCAGAUUGCAGCACAUUCUUCCGACUUUGUCAUUGCCGGCAGCGAGACGACAGCCACUACUCUUUCUUGCAUGACGUACUACCUGCUCAAGAACCCGGCGAUUUUGGCGUGCUUACAGGAUGAGGUGCGGUCAGCUUUUGUUAGUUACGAGGAUAUUACUGCGGCGACGGCGACUCCAUUGAAGUAUCUCAGAGCCGUGGCGCAGGAGGCUAUGCGCGUCUAUCCUCCGCUUCCUUUUGCGCUUCCCCGUGUGGUACCCAAUGGCGGCUGCACGGUUGAUGGUCAUUUCUUGCCAGGCGGGACCACAGUCUCGACCAGUACCUUUGCGGCAAGUAUGUCAUCUUCGAAUUUCGAUGAGCCGUGGGAAUUCCGACCAGAGCGGUGGCUCGUGGAAAACCCAACGGAUGACCUCGAUGCAAGUCAGCCCUUUUCAUAUGGAACGCGAUCAUGCAUGGGACGAAGCCUUGGCUGGAUGGAAAUUCACACAACCAUGGCGAAGCUGGUCUAUCGGUACGACUUGGAGCUCGCUGAUGAGAGUCUCGACUGGCACCGGGAUUCAAGGAUGCAUACGUUGUGGGAGAAGCCUCGUCUGAUGGUGAGGCUCAAGCCCCGUGUGUUUCAAUAG